UGCUCAAAACGUUGCACCUUCCACGCGCUGCCGCAUCAUUCUCUCAAUCAUGUCUCAGAAGAGCUAUCCUGUGAUUCUGCCCUUGUACGUUCACCAAUAAGUCGUAUCGUAAGCCAUGUCUGUUACUCCGGCAACGGGGUCUAGCUCAGGCUAUGGUUCCGGUAGAGCAGCUAUGCUAGCCCUGAAAAAUAUGCGAGUGCCUGCCAAGGGCGCUACGCCUGUAUCAGCAGAUGAGCUCCAAAGGCAAAGCGGCGAACACGUGCACUCUAUCAUGACGGCGUGUCUCUCUUCUUGUUCCUUGGGUACUGGGAUAGGGUACGCCUCGAUCGCUGUGCAUCAGAUAAGGUCCGAAGGAUAUUUCACGGCGGAAACCUACUUGUUCACCAGCCUCCUUCCGUUGCUUGCCAUAUGUGGUGCCCUCGCUUCCUGGGUGCUGCUCAACACGUUGGGCAGUCGCCGUACUCUGAUCGUCAUCUCCUUUGGGUUUAUCGCCAGUUGGAUGGCUAUAAUGAUAGCCACUCAGAACAUAACGCUCUACGUUGGUCGUGUCGUGGGCGGAUUCUGCAGCGGCGUUGUCUCCGUCUGCGUCCCGCUCUAUGUAACCGAGAUCAGCCCCGCUCGCAGAAGAAUUUUCCUCGGAAGCUCCGUUCAGAUAGCCACCAGCUUAGGUGUCUUGAUUCCGUUUAUGGUGUCUCCCGCGAUGCACUGGCGUUGGAUCGCAGGAGUCUGCAUGUUACCUGCGAUAAUCAUGCUCUCCUUCACGAGCUCCCUUGUCGAAUCUCCGCAAUGGUUGCUCGACAAAGGACUGCGUGCUGAAGCUGACAAGUCUCUCCUUACGCUCUAUGGCCCAGAAUUUCUGGCUGAGUUUGACUACCGGUGCAUGCAACCUCCCGUGGAGCCGGAACAGAAGUCCAACGCUCCAGCAGUGACGGCACCACGCAAGGUUGCGAUCUGCCUGGCCCUCUACAUGCUUCAAGUUGCAACAUGCGCCGACCUGGUCCUAUUCUACACUGUCCAGAUUAUAGGAGCCUCUCCCGAUGUCCCGCUGGAUUUGUGCUGUGUCAUCGUGGCCGUCUUGCAUUUCUCUGCCACCUUUUUUGCUGUCGUGCUGACGGUCGACAUCGGACGCGGAAGGAUGCUCGUCAUGUCAGCAGCGAUCAUAGCGGUGGGCACAAUAACUUUCGGAAUCCUGAGCCACCUUCGCUACGGCUUUGAGGGCAAGACGACCGACGAGAAAGGCGGCUGGUCUACAUUCUUCGCCGUGUGCUGUAUCGUCCUUGGCCACUCGGUGGGACUUGGCCACAUUCCAUGGCUGCUUAUGGGCGAGCUGAUGCCCCUGAAAUUUCGCUACAUUGGCAGCGCAGUGACAGUGGCUUUCCGGUGGGCCAUUUGCGCUGCGCUGGUCCAAUAUAACUGGUCCAUACUUGGCCUUCUCGAGUACCAGGGCACCUUCUGGGCCUAUGGACUUGCCGUGCUUCUCGCCUCUGCUCUCCUUUUUCUAUGGAUUCCAGAAACGGACAACCGCUCUCUGGCCGUUAUCGACGCCUCGUAACAUCCUGUGGAGCUGUCGGCGUUAAAAUGUCAAAAUGCUGAUUUGUAGGUGAUAGGAGUCGCUAUAAAUGGUACUAUUACGAUGACUGCACACACAAUAAAACGAACACUACUGAUCGAG